CAUUAUUAUUAUUAUUAUUGAUAAUUGAUAAUUAUAUAAAACCAGUUAUAAUAGUGAUUAUAGGAAAAAGAAAAAGUGUUGAAUUCUGAUUUAAAAAUUAAUAUUACUCAGAUUUGGGCGUCAACAAGACACUAAAUUGCGUACGCAUAGAAAAGCAUAAAAAUGGGACGAAAAAAAAUUUCUAUUCAACGGAUAACAGACGAGAGAAACAGACAAGUCACGUUCACAAAACGGAAAUUUGGACUCAUGAAGAAGGCCUAUGAGCUCAGUGUACUGUGUGAUUGUGAGAUAGCUGUAAUCAUCUUCAACUCCAGCAACAAACUCUUCCAGUACGCCAGCACAGACAUGGACAAGGUCCUUCUUAAGUACACAGAAUAUGAUCAGCCUCAUGAGUCUCAGACGAACAAGGAUAUAGUCGAGACGAUACACAGAAAGGGGAUGGGUGGUCCGGAUAGUCCGGAUGCGGACGACGGGUAUCAUAUUGGGGACGAAUCUCCCGCAAGGAAUGACAACCAAGAUGAGUACAACCUGAUGGUGAGGAACCAGAUGAAUCUGGGCAUCCUGCAGCAGCAGCAGCAGCAGCAGUUCACCGUCUCAGCCAUGACAAAUUCAGCUUACAGAGAUCUUUCCAAUCCUCAGAGUAUUCUCCCACAUUCAACAUCGCAAGGCUUGGGUAGGAUGCUAGAUGUGGGAUAUCAGCAACAUCAACAACAACAACACCAACAGCAACAGCAGGGAUCUCAAGGAAACUCCCCUCGGGAGAACUCCUCCCCCUCCUCCCUCCAACUCCCUCAAUCAAACUCUUCAAAAGAAAUCUCUCCAGUGGACUCCCCCCACUCCCACUCACCCCCCGGACACCCCCGUCACCCCUCCCUCCAACUACACCACCCCUCUCCCCUCAAAGAAAACGGGCAUCUGUACUCUCUGACCUCUAGUACUGUACCUGGGUUUCCCCCUCCUAUGCCCGUGAACCCUGGGUUACAGAACACGGAUCCCUUCAGUGCCCUGGGUCAGCUGGGCCAGGAUCUAAGGUUGACCCAUCCUCACAUAACACAAUGGUUACAGCAGUCCUCAGGUCCACAUUCACCUGUUAAAAAUGAACCAAUGUCACCGAGACAAGAUUCACAUUCUUCAGGGUCAGAUUAUACUCCUGUAGACUUCAGGUGAACAUUCUAAUAACCUCAUCCUCAACUACUGAACAUAUAAUUCUGAACUCAUCAUUCUGAGCUACCGAACAAAUAAUAUGAUUUAACACUUCAGAACAUAUGAUUCUGAACUUUUGUACAAUUGAUUCUGAACUUAUGAAUGUAUGAUUCUGAACUACUGAACAUAGGAUUCUAACCUUCUGAAAACAUGUGAAUCUGAUCUAUACUCAAAUUAUGAUUCAGAUCCUCUGAAUAUGUGGUUCUUCUAACAAAAAUGAUUCUGAAUUCUUAUUUUUUUUGGCGGAUUUUGUUUUGAAGCCUAUUUCAGUUGAAAUAAGUUCAGUUAAACUCUUGUUCAGUUAAAUCAUUUUCAGACAGACUUUGUUGAAAUGAAUUUAUUGUUCAGCAGAAAAAGUAUGAGUGUUAGCCCUGUAUAUUUAUACUGUAUGACUUUAUGUAAUUUAUGUAUUAGAAAUACUAUGUAUUUAUGUAACAAUCAUUAUAAAAAUUUGUGUAAACUUAAAAAAAAAACUUUGUGAAAAUUGAGAGUUUUUAAUUAAUAUAUUAUAUCCCAAAAAUGUUUUUGAAUUCCCAAAUUAGCUGGGUUUUUUUUUGUCAGAUAUAUGUGUUUGUAAUAAGUAGUGCACAGUUUACGUAAAACAUAAUAAUUUAUAGGGUAGUCAAUAAUAAGGAUAAGGAAAUAUUAACCUUGCAAAAAUCAUGUUUUUUGACUAACCUUAAAAAUCUAAAUAUUGGCUCGAUGUAACGUAAAACGGUAUUAUAUUUAAAAGCCAUGUUGUGGAUUUGCUUGUGGCCUAAACUGAGCUAGUUUAAUGUGCAAUGUCUUAUGAAAAUUAGAGAUAUCGAAAACUUAAAAAAAGUCUGAAAAAGCCUUAAAAGUGAAAAACAUUAUAAACAUUUUUUGUUAUAUAAAUUAGUUUUAAACUACGCCCCCCCCCCCGUCAGGGCUAAAGAGUCCUGAGAAGCCCCUGUACUGAACCCUCAAAUGUAUUUGAAUUGUUCUCAAAUGCCCCCGCGCCUAAACUCUCCUGCCUGAUAAGUUUCUAUCAAGCUAUCAAUGUCAAAUAUCUGCACCUUUUAGCUUCAACUAUUCAGUUGUAUUUAUCUUUCUAUCUAUCUAUCUAUCUAUCUAUCUAUCUAUCUAUCUAUCUAUCUUUCUAUCUU